GCACUCUCUCCUCCCUCUCCCCGACCCUUUUCCUCUGGCUUUCACGGCGGCACUCUCUCCACUUCCUCUGGCCAAGGGUCUCGAAGCCUCUCCUCGCGCCAUGGCACCACGCGCACAGAAGCAGCUGUUCCCCGCCGAUGCAGUGAGCAGUGACCACGAUCUCCAUUCCACGGCGUCGUCGAUUAGCAAUGCAAAGCGCUCUGUCGUUGUUAGGCCAAGGGCUCUGCUUAGUGUUGUCCUUGCUGAAGUUGGCUUGCCCGAGGUGAAAUACAAGACCUACGCAGCACGCGGUGGCUGUUUUGCUGCUACAGCAUAUUUCUGGCCAUCACCGUCGGGUUCAUCUGCGGCAGGGCCGCAUAUGAGGCUGAAUGGUGAACCAGUUGUGGAUGCUCAGGAGGCCAUACAGAAUGCUGCUACCCUGUGCUUGGAGAACCUUCAAGACAGUAUGGAUAUUGAGUUUGACUGUCCCCGGGUGAAAAAAAUGAAGACUGAUAAGAGGUACCUGUUGAACAGCAUUGCUGGGAAGGACAGGGAAAUCAAAGAUCUAGAGACUAAACUGGAGAAAAGGAAAAUGCAGGUCAAUGGGCUUGGCAAAGGGUGGAGGUCAUUUGCACAGGAUGUGCGUCGUUCUGCGGGGCGUAUUGACAAGAUAGCCGUGAACUACCUGCCUACAGCGUCCGAUACUAUGGAAGGUGAUGUGGCCUGGGAGUGCUACCAUCUGACCCAGGAAACCGAUGACCUCUGCUAUCUAGCUGCAAUGUCCACCGAUGCAGUCAAUACAGUCGGUACUUAUCCUUGUGAUCCGGAGUCUGACUGCUCUGGGUAUGACCAGUUUCCUGAUUGCAUCCAUCAAACCACUAUGACACCGGCGAUGGUUACUUCUCGUCCGGUUACUCGUAUGAAAUUGAGCUGUGGUGAAUGCUACUAAUGUUUCGACGCAUUAAGAACACGGGGUUCUUUUGGUGCGUCGUGUGGUAUUAUCGUAUCUAGGCGUGAUGCUUGUAUGAUCCAGUUUGGUAACAGACUACCCUCCUAUAUUGUAAAUUAUGCUUGUAUGAACCACUUUAUUUUCAGGCUACCCUUUCCUGCUGUAAAUUAUGUAUGAUCGCUGGUACGGGACCGUCCAUGGGUAUUGUUAAUUAUGAACAAGUUCAGUUUAGUUUUCA